AUGAAUUCUGAUUCAUCAAAAUCCCAGAUAGGAUUCAAAUGGUUCAAAAGGCUUUGGUCAGAUGAAGAUUCAUUUCAAAAAAUUAGAAUUUCAUAUAAUUUAGAAUAUUUAAACAAGACAACAUCUGAUUCCCAAAUGUGUCAUAAUGUCGGUGAAAUAAUUCAAUGGAAUGGCAACAAUUACGCAUGCACUUCAGCAGAUAUAAUUUCAAGUGAACAAAUUGAAACAUUUCAAGAAACUUUCAAAUAUACCGUUAAUUAUGUUGAAAACUUAAUAAAAGUUGAACCUUAUGAAGGUACAAUAACUGUUUCAACCGACUCAAGUUUCAAAUCUGUUAAAUCAAAAACAAUUACAAAUUCAGAUUUACAUAUUCUGGUGUUUGUUCGGCCAUUUGCAUCUGACACUCAUGUAACUACUUCAUUACCAUAUGUAGUUGAUAAUGCCCAGCCUUUCAGGCCUAUUUUAGGUGUCAUUUAUGUUAACGCCAGAACAAUUCCAUCAUCUAUCAACAAUGUCAAUUCUACUUCAAAUUAUUAUUUCCAAGUUCUUUUGAAUAGCUUUUUCAAUAUUAUGGUAUUUAAUGACCAACUUAUUGAUAACUUUCAUGUCAAAGAUACAAAUGAAAGAUAUGAUGUCAUUAAUUGCGCUUUCAAAAAGUUUAAUAGAGAUUUUAAAGUUCUUGUUACUCCAUAUGCACAUAAUUUUGCAAUUAGAAACUAUCAUGUUGAAACAUUUGAAAGCGAUAACACAACAUGUCCUUCAGGUAUUUUUUAUGAAAACAACAAUAAUUUUGCAUCACCUAAUGGUGAGUCAAUAUUUUAUUCAGAUGAUAUAUCUGUUUUAUAUUAUUCAGGAAACAAUGAAAGAAGAUUCAAUAGACUGACUGAUGUAACUUUAGCUUUUCUUCUUGAUUCAGGAAAUUAUGAAGUGAAUUGGUCAAUGGCACAACCAUUAAUAUAUGGAAAUGUUGAUGCAAUUGAUGGGGUAUAUAGAGAAGGAUGGCCAUUAUCAGCACCAGCAUCAACUUUUCCAGAAUUCUUUUAUGAUCCUUCAGAUCCAACCAAUACAAUUUCAUACGAUUAUAAUGGAUGGUUUAUACCAGAAAAUGAAACAAUAAAUUGUACUGUAACAACAGAUUUCAUCACAAAAGAUUUUUGUCAAGCACCUCAAUGGUAUAAUCCGAAUGGAUACACAGAAUGGGGAUUGAAUCUAUAUUAUGAUAGACAAUUAAUCCGUAUCCCAGACUUUAUUUGCUCAUCAGGUACUGCUACAAUACCUGGUUUAACAUAUUAUGAAAAUGAUACUUGUGGAAGCUUUUCUUGCAAUGAUUAUUCAAGCUUCACAAUUGAUAUAAUUAUAGAUGAAAGAGAUAAUACCACAACAACCCUGAAUUGCACAAUGGAAGGAUAA